AAAAAAAUCAAAAAGAUCAUUUUCCCAUAUAUUUUUAAUAAAAAUAGUGGUCGAGAAACAUUUUUCAUUAGAGAGACAGAACGGAAGAGAGUGUGUGUUUGUGUAGAGAGAUAGAGACAGAGUCAUGGAGACUGCGAUAAGUGGGAUAUUAACUCUUUUACCAAACACUGUCUUUUAUCCUAAACCAGGGGAGAAACAGUCUCUGAGCAAAGGACCAUUCGCCAAUCGUGGUGUUCUCAUGGGUAUAUCAACCACAGGACUAGGUAAAGGAGCAGGAAUUUUGGAGAAGCCAGUUAUAGAGAGAACUACUCCUGGUCGUGAAUCUGAGUUUGAUCUGAGGAAAUCGAGAAAAAUAGCUCCACCUUAUCGAGUCAUACUGCACAAUGACAACUAUAACAAACGGAGAUAUGUUGUCCAAGUACUGUUGAAAGUUAUCCCUGGAAUGACACUUGACAAUGCUGUUAAUAUCAUGCAAGAAGCACAUUACAAUGGCUUGGCAGUGGUGAUUAUUUGUGCUCAGGCAGAUGCAGAAGAACACUGCAUGCAGCUAAGGGGGAACGGGCUUCUGAGUUCAAUUGAACCAGCAAGUGGAGGUUGCUAAAGACAGAGACAACCUAAUAAACCAUUUGGUUAUAUCACUGUUAAAUAUACCCUUUUUAGAGUGUUAGAUGGUGUAUAUCUCAGUAGUGCUCUUAUCUGAUGAUCCCUGGACAUCCCCUAUGGUCAAAUUAAAGAUAAGAGGAUGAUACUGAUUAUGAAUAAAUGUUUCUCUAUCAGCACAAAAGCAAGGUUGUUCUAUCGUUUUCUACCCGAGGCUUUGCUUAUGUUUGGACUAGUCGAUUUGGGAUGAGUUGACAACUUAAAAAAUCAAGAAAAAGAACAAAAUUGUGGAUAGGGCGAAAUGAACAGACCAGGAAUAGGACACGUCUCAGAUUAUUUCCAACCCAAGCAGGGAACCAGAAGUCAUAGUAUUAUUUCAAUUUUUGCUUUUACAAAUUUAAUCAACCAAGGACAAGUUGAGUCGGGUCGUUCUUGUACGUCAAUGAGUUUCAAUUUCCCAGGUGCAUGAAGUUUAUCUGCGUUAUUGCAGAUUGGGGAAGAAGUGGCAUGGAUGAGCUGCUGAACCCACCUAAACACAAGAUUGUGUAACAAGCUAUAUGUAUUUAUGGAGCAAAACGUGUCAGAAUUCAAUCGAUUAAUUUGUUUUACCUUGUUCGAAACACCUGGAGAUGUAAUCGAACAUAACAGUUCAAUCUUCAAAAGAUCUGAACCUAAUCAACGAGGAAACUUUGUUUUUACAUAAUACUGCCAU